GUAAAAUAUAGGUCAGCUUAUAGUGGCUUGAAAAAACACGACAAAUAUACUGUAUGCUGAGUAAAUUCUGUGAAAUUUUCAUUGAAAAAUGUAGAAAAGACAUCCACCUACCGGAUUGACACGCAUAUGCAGCGAAACAACGCCGUUUCCCAAAUUCUCCGGACGUCCAAGUACCUCGCGGCGAUAACAAUGGGAUUCUUCGUUGCUGUGACGCCAUGGACGCUGUGUACGCUGGUCGUCUCGUUGAGUGACGUCACGUUGAACGCGGAUCUGGAUUUCGUGGUCACGUGGGUUGCCAUCAGCAAUAGCUUCUGGAAUGUCGUCAUCUAUUGCGUCAUGAAUAGGAAAUUCAGACAGGCUGCAGUGUCACUUACCGGUAAAGGAAGACGCAGGGAAAUUUCGUUUCCGGAGCGGAUACUAGGCUGUCGGCUGGACUCCAACUCGAUGAGUAUCGAUGUUAACCCAACGGCCCCGUGCGGGCUGUCGCAUUCUGUGCUGACUCCGCAAACUACACAGAACUAUUUAGGGAUGCGGGCGCACCAGUUUGACAGCGAGCUACGCGAACUCGUAUCGUCCUCGGAAACUUCUUAGUUUUUCUCACUUUUUAUGACAACUCCCUCACGAAUAAAAUAUUUUGGUAUA